AUGAACUCCCGCAUCCGCCGUGAUGGCCUCUCAGCUCUUGAGUUGUGGACGCAACGCGACCAGCUCACUGGUGCGCAGCUUCCAAUUGUCGACCGCCAGAUUAUCCUCAGUCAAAACUUUUCCCGCCAGCAGAAUCACAUGCCGAGUGCUAAGUCCAAGGCCCAUGGCUUUACCAAAGCCUCCAUCCCCACUGUCCUUGUUGGUGACCUUGUUUUCAUCAAAGGUGACAAAGACAAACUGAAAGCCCGCGACAAGUAUCUUGUGAUCGGCAUCGAUAAAGACCUUUUCUGUCAGCUCCGCAAGUUUACCAGUUCACAGUUCCGCAGUAAGGUCUACACCAUUCCUAUGUGUGACUGCUACCCUGUCACCCCAACUGUCCUAGCUCAGACUCCACAAGGACCCAUCCGUGGCCAGACCGAAUCCACUGCUUCUGACUCUGACGAUGAUCCUGUUCCCGUCGUCCCUUCACUAAGACCCCCUACAGUGCUUGCUUCUCCACCAGUGGAUACCUAUACUGUUCCGGUACACCACUCAGUGUCUCCAGCUCAUUCUCAGCUACCCGCCCAGGAACACCCCCCAAUUCCUGAAGUCAUUAUGCCUUCUCGGAGUCCUCCACAAGCUCCCCUGGACCCCUCUUUUACUGAUGAUGCACAGCCGACGCCUGCUGCUGUUAUCCCCACUAGGAAAUCUGACCGCUCGCGGAAAGCCCCAUUUUGGCACAAUAAGGACUGGGACUUUGACUAA